AGGAUGAAUUUCACCUCCUCCAGAUUCCUGCCACACUUUUACCUCGGAGUCCAGAUCUUCUCCCUCCUCCAGCUCUUCAUCGGCCGGUCGCUGCUCCAUCCCCAGCCGUGCCACAUCCUGGCGCAGAUCGGGCACACGGUGCGCCUCGGCGCGCUGCUCCCGGCCCGGCAGCCGGCCCGGGUCCAGGCCGCCCUGAACCGCGCCGUGUCCGUCCUGGGCCACGACAACUUCCUGCCUUACAACCUGAGCCUGGAGCUGCUGGCCCGGCAGCCGGCCAGCGGGGACCCGGAGUCCCUGUUCAGGUGUGUGUGCCAGAGCGUGGUCGUGCAGGGGGUUUCCGCCGUGCUCGCCUUCCCCCAGACCCAGGAAGAAAUCCUACAAGUGGAAUUUAUGGCUUCUUUUUUGGAAAUUCCUUUUAUAAGCAUCAUUGAACACGGUGAGCCGCUGAAAACUCAGAACCGCUUCCACCUGCAGAUGGUGAUGGGCGUUCCUCCGUCGGGUCUGUCCGAGCUGCUGCUGACCGUGCUGCGGCGCUCCGGCUGGCUGGAGGGCAUGGCGGUGCUGUGCCGGGGCUGGGAGGAGGCGCCGGGCCUCCUGCACCUCUUGGACCGUCAGAACCGACCGUCUUGGGACGGCGCCGCCUGGCACCUCCGCGCCCUCCUCAACCUCACGCAGUCGGCGCAUGACGACACCCAGAUCCACGACUUCCUGUCCCAGCACUUCCGGCAGCACCAGCCGCCGCCGGCGUCCGUGCUGCUGUUUGGCGCCGACCCGCAGUGCGCGGCGGCGGUGCUGCGCAGCGCCCAGGACCUCGGCCUCACGCUGCCCACCGUGCACUGGAUCCUGGGACACCCGCUGACGCCCGACGCCCUGCACUCCAUCGGGCUGCCGCUGGGCCUGCUGGCGUACGGCGAGGUCGAGCGCAAACCACUGGACUUUUACAUCCGGGACGCCCUCCAGCUGGUGGCCCGGGCCGUCACCGCGGCAACGGUGGUGAGGCCGGAUCUGGCACUGAUCCAGAACAUGGUGAACUGCUACGACAAGCCCAAUAAACACGAGGUGCCAUCGUCAGGACAGUACCUGGCCAGGUUCCUCUCCAACACUUCCUUCUCUGGCCUGACGGGCCCCAUCACGGUCCACCAGAACUUCUCGCACAUCCUCACCUCGCAGCGGUUCCACAUCUGGAGCCUGCGGCGGGACGCGCUGGGCCAGCCCGCCUGGGUGACCGUGGGCAGCUGGGAGGCCGGCCGGCUGGAGGUGGAGGACCAGGGGGUCUGGCGGGGCACCGGCCACCGCCUGCGGACCGAGGGAGUGGGGGGGAGGACGGGGGGGCGGUGGCGGGCGGGCAUGCCGGUGGUGGGUAGCCGGGUUCGGGUAGUGACUCUGGUGGAACAUCCCUUUGUGUUCACGCGGGACGUGGACGACGAGGGGAACUGCCCGGCCGGUCAGUACUGCCUGGACGCCGGGACCAACAGCUCGGAGACGCUGGAGCGAUACUUCCAUGAGGUGGCAGGCGGCAACAGCAGCCUCCUGCCCGCCGAGUACGGCAAGUGUUGCUAUGGAUACUGCAUCGACCUGCUGGAGAAACUGGCCGAGGACCUGAGGUUCGAGUUUGACCUUUAUAUCGUCGGAGACGGGAAGUACGGAGCCUGGAAAGCCGGUCGCUGGACGGGGCUGGUGGGGGAUCUUCUCAACGGCAUAGCGGACAUGGCAGUCACCUCCUUCAGCAUAAACUCGGCGCGAAGCCGCGUCAUUGACUUCACCUCGCCCUUCUUCUCUACGAGCCUGGGCAUCCUGGUGCGCAGCAAGGACACCGCUGCGCCCAUCGGUGCCUUCAUGUGGCCCCUGCACUGGUCCAUGUGGGUGGGCAUCUUCGUGGCGCUGCACAUCACCGCCCUCUUCCUCACGCUGUACGAAUGGAAGAGCCCGUUCGGCAUGACUCCACACGGACGAAACCGGAUAAAGGUGUUUUCUUACUCUUCGGCGCUGAACCUUUGUUACGCCAUCCUGUUUGGACGGACUGUGUCGUCCAAGACACCAAAGUGCUGGACGGGUCGCUUCCUGAUGAACCUGUGGGCGAUCUUCUGCCUCCUGGUGCUGUCCAGCUACACAGCCAACCUGGCCGCCGUCAUGGUCGGGGAGAAGACCUUCGAGGAGGUUUCAGGGAUCCACGACGCCAAGCUGCACCACCCCUCCCGUGGCUUCCGGUUCGGGACGGUCAGGGAAAGCAGCGCAGAAGAUUACAUGAAGAAGAGUUUUCCAGAGAUGCACGAGUACAUGAGGCGCUUCAACGAGCCCACCACGCCCGAGGGCGUCGCCACCCUCAAGACAGAUCCUCCUCAGCUCGAUGCCUUCAUCAUGGACAAAGCUCUGCUCGACUACGAAGUUUCCAUCGACGCCGACUGCAAACUGGCGACUGUGGGAAAACCCUUCGCCAUCGAGGGUUACGGGAUCGGCCUGCCUCAGAACUCUCCUCUGACCUCCAACAUCUCCGAGUUCAUCAGCAGGUACAAGUCAGACGGAUACAUGGACCUCCUGCACGACAAGUGGUACAAGGUGGUGCCCUGCGGGAAGAGAGUGUUCGCCGUCACCGAGACGCUGCAGAUGGGCAUCGGUCACUUCUCCGGUCUGUUCGUGUUGUUGUGUUUCGGAGUGGGCGGGGCUUUGCUGACUCUCGCAGGUGAACACGGGUUUUACCGCCUCGUCCUGCCGCACAUCCGCCGCCGCCAGAACCUCAAAUACUGGCUGCACACCAGCCAGAAAAUCCACCGAGCUUUGAACAUGACCUACGAAGACGUGAAGAGGCAACGAGCUGAGAAAGAGAAAAGCUGCAACCUGCAGAAGUCUCAGGCUCCGCCCCCGCCCGUCCCCGGCGAGUCCGCCAGGUGGAACAACGAGAGCAGCAAAGAUGCCGCCGAGGCGUCAGGCAAGGACAACAAGCGGGUCCACUUCAACCUGGAGACCCUCAACACCCGCCGCCUCCUCGCCCGGGUCGCCGCCACCUCCAACCCCCUGGGAGCCAAAGGAGGAGGAGCCGGGGGGCGGGGGGAGGGGUCUCCUGUACGGAGGGCGGGGCCGACCCCUCGCCUUUGCGAGAAUGGAGGUCCUGCGGCUUCCUUUGCUAGCCUGGUGCUAUCCCUCCCCUCUUCCUCCUCCUCUGCCCCGCCUUCUGCUGCUGCUCCUCCCCCUGUGGCCGUGGCCACUCCCUCUGCAGCUGUGUCUCCUCCCCCCACAUCUGUGGCCCCUCCCCCUGCAGCCGUGGUUCCUCCCAGGCCCGGGGAGCUGGAGGAGCUGCAGGAGAAGAUCGAGGAGAUCAGGGACCAGCUGAGGACGGCUCUGGCCAGGAGGGCCGAAAUACAAACUUCUCUGGCCAAACCUGUUGCCACGGUGACAGAAAAGCUCCCGCCUCCGGUACCCACGGUGACAACAGCCCCGCCCACCCCCCUCACCACCGUCACAAACCUCCCUCCGAACACAAAAUGCAUCACCACCAUGACGGACCCGCCGCUCAAAGUCCUGUCCAAAGUCCGGCCCUUCCCCAGCAGACUGUCCAAUGAGAGGAGGUGAUGCUCUGCUCAGCAGCCAAUAGCUGGACACACAGACUAAAGGGGAGGCGGCUUCAGGAAGACGGGAGCUCUGGCUGUGUGAGAAAGGGAUCUGCUCUCCUCUCACAUCUCAUGUUUUGGCCUCCAAGGCGUCAGAGAACAUGGAGGAGAUGAACCUCCAGCAUGAGCCCGCAGCAAAACUGUCGCCCCCCCGUCCUGCGCCGAGUCUCAGUGUCCCGGGACGGCUCGCUGCUGCAACCCCAGCGGCGUCCUUCACCCACGCGUCAUCCUCCAUCUGACUGUUCCCAUGUGACGUCCCGCUAACCUUGACCUCCUGUCCACCUGGUGUUCACCUGCGUCUCUCCACGGAAAAAUACAGAACCAGCUGAGGACGGAUUGCGAUCCGAUCACCCAAAACCACAUCCCAUUGGGUUCCAGCUCACGUGCAGAACCCUGUGAUCAGGGAUGCGCCGUGACCACAGAGAACAGACGUCUAAAUUCAGAUGCAUCUGCGAUCCACAUCUGGAAGUGCAUGAGAUCCCAGCCACUUUCCUUGAAGAAGCUGCUCGGCGCCCCGGCGGUGUGCGGUGGGUUUCGUACCCGAGGCCCCUGGCGUCCAGAGUCCGC